CCAAUCGGCCGAUCGAUCCACCCACCUACCCCCAGCUCCGGCCGCCGGCGAUGGCCGUCUCCGACCUCCUCCCCCUCCCCUUCCCCGUCCCGCCGUACGCGCUCCACGUCGCCGCGUCGCUGGCCCUCGCGGCCGCCGCGCACUUCCUCCACGUCCCGUCCCUCCUCCUCUACGCCGUCCACACCUACAUCCACCCGGACGCCGUGCCCUCCACGGGGCCCCGCGCCGUCCUCCGCCCGCCCGGCUCCGCCCCUCCCUCCGGCAAGCGCGGCGCGGCCGGCCCCCCGGCCUCCGACGGCUCCGCGCAGCUCUACCGCCUGCGCCUCUCCCACGCCACGCUCGCCUCCCGCCCGCACUUCGCCGGCUUCCACCUCUCCCUGCUCCUCCCGCUCGCGGUCCUGCCCCCCGCGCUCCUCCUCCCGCCGCCCCGCUCCCCGGCGGCCCCGCUCGCGCCGCUCCUCCCGCUCGCCUUCCUCUUCGUCGCGCUCCUCCGCCAGGUCGCGCUCGCCUCGCCGCCGCGCCCGGCGCACCUCGUCGCCUCCCUCGCGGCCCUGCUCGCUGCCACCGUGCUCUCCUCCAGCCCCUUCGCCGGCUCUGUCGCCUCGCUCGCCGCGCUCCCGGCCUGGCGCUUCGCGCGCGCAUUCUGGCUCGGCACCGACCAGCCCCGCACCGGGCUCGCCGUCCUCGCAUCCUCCGCCCCGGCGCGCCUCCUGCUCCACCUCGCUGUCCUUGUCUCCUCCGCCGCCUCCAUCCUGCAGUGCUGCGGCUUCGUCGACGGCCCCGAGCUGGAGGUCAAGCUGCUGGCCGCCGCGGCCGGGCUGCAGCUGCUCGCCUCCAGGGCUGCCGUGCAGAUGUACCUCAACGAGGCUGUGUUCUGCUGGUACCAGCGGCUGCAUGCCAACCGAGCGCCGGACACCGAGUACGGACGUGCCAAGGUGUUCCUGCACAACCACCAUCUCUGCGCGGCGGCCACGCAGUUCGUCGCGCCGCCACUGCUCGUGCUGUCGCUGCUGGCACUGUGGUGGGUGCAAGGGAAGAACUUCUUUGAGGGCGUGGAGGGGCUGGACUGGCUUGUCGGGUGGUCCGUCGCCAUGAAGGAGGCGGCAUUGCUUGCAGCCCGUUGGGUGGUGGCAGUGUGGUCGGCGGUAACCGUGGGCACGCUUGUGGGCUACAAGCGUGGAUGGUUGUUCGUCUUGUGACCGGUCAUGCCUCUUAGUUUGUUUGCUGUGUGAUUGGUUCAGAUGGACUUGUAUUUGAUAGAGCCGGAUUCCACGCCGGAUUGCCGGAGUUUUGAUAGGACGGCGCAAGUCUUUGUUAUGGGAGCAAUCUGGGAUUGAACCUUUUGAUUUCGUUGAGGCCCUGCUUUACUGGAGAAGCAAUGUAUGAUCAGUUUAUUUUGUUUACACUGUUGGGCAGAGAUAUUUGACAAUCAGAAACUGACUGGUCAGUCACCCUGUUGUACUCUCACUGUAUCCUCUUUCAUAGACACCAAUGAAUCAUUUCUUUUUCAGUUGGAGCGAACA